CUUCUCCUGACCUGCAGUACCUUUAUAUGUAUUUUACUUGUGAAUUGUCUUUAACAUGAAGCCUGGGAUCACUAUAUUGUUGGCUUGCCUUGUACUUCUGCCAGAGGGGUAUGUUACUCAGACAACAGAUAUCUCAUCAAUAACUGAAGCAACAACAGACUCAUCCUUAGAAACUGGUACAUCAGCAGAAGCCUCAUCAGUAACUGAAGCAACAACAGACUCAUCCUUAGAAACUGGUACAGCAGCAGAAGCCUCAUCAGUAACUGAAGCAUCAACAGACUCAUCCUUAGAAACUGGUACAGCAGCAGAAGCCUCAUCAGUAACUGAAGCAACAGACUCAUCCUUAGAAACUGGUACAGCAGCAGAAGCCUCAUCAGUAACUGAAGCAACAACAGACUCAUCCUUAGAAACUGGUACAUCAGCAGAAGCCUCAUCAGUAACUGAAGCAACAACAGACUCAUCCUUAGAAACUGGUACAGCAGCAGAAGCCUCAUCAGUAACUGAAGCAACAACAGACUCAUCCUUAGAAACUGGUACAGCAGCAGAAGCCUCAUCAGUAACUGAAGCAACAACAGACUCAUCCUUAGAAACUGGUACAGCAGCAGAAGCCUCAUCAGUAACUGAAGCAACAACAGACUCAUCCUUAGAAACUGGUACAGCAGCAGAAGCCUCAUCAGUAACUGAAGCAACAACAGACUCAUCCUUAGAAACUGGAACAGCAGCAGAAGCCUCAUCAGUAACUGAAGCAACAACAGACUCAUCCUUAGAAACUGGUACAGCAGCAGAAGCCUCAUCAGUAACUGAAGCAACAACAGACUCAUCCUUAGAAACUGGAACAGCAGCAGAAGCCUCAUCAGUAACUGAAGCAACAACAGACUCAUCCUUAGAAACUGGUACAGCAGCAGAAGCCUCAUCAGUAACUGAAGCAACAACAGACUCAUCCUUAGAAACUGGUACAGCAGCAGAAGCCUCAUCAGUAACUGAAGCAACAACAGACUCAUCCUUAGAAACUGGUACAUCAGCAGAAACCUCAUCAGUAACUGAAGCAACAACAGACUCAUCCUUAGAAACUGGUACAGCAGCAGAAGCCUCAUCAGUAACUGAAGCAACAACAGACUCAUCCUUAGAAACUGGUACAGCAGCAGAAACCUCAACAAUAACUGAAGCAACAACAGACUCAUCCUUAGAAACUGGUACAGCAGCAGAAGUCUCAUCAGUAACUGAAGCAACAACAGAAACAUCUUCAGUUACUGAUGGAACCACUGGGCCAACUUUAGAAACAGGGACAACAGUAGAAACAUCUCCAGAAAGUGUCACAACAGCUGAAUCCUCCACAGGAAGUGGCACAACGGCUGAAUUAUCUACAGAAAUUGUCUCAACAGUAGAAGCAAUAAGUGGUACAACAAUAUCAGAAACAUUUGCAACAGAUGCAAGUGCAUCUACAAUAACUGAUAUAGUGAUAGAAACAUCUUCAGCAUCUGUGACAUCUACAAGUGAAACAACCCUAAUAACUGUGAUGUCUACAAUAGAAAUAUCCCCAGAAACUGGCCCAUUAGAAGAGACAUCAACAGCAGAAACAUCUUCACUAACUGGCCUAACAACAGAAACAUCUUCUGUAAGUGUUGCAUCUACGGUAGAAACAUCCCCAGUAACUGGUCUAGUAGAAGACACAUCAACAGAAACUGUGCCAUCAACUGUAGCAACAUCUUCACUAACUGGCCUUACAACAGAAACAUCUUCUGUAAGUAUUGUAUCUACAGUAGAAGCAUCCCCAGUAACUGGCACACCAGCAGAUACAUCUAUAGUAACCAUGGCCCCUACAGCAGAAACAUCUCCAGUAACUGGCACAGUAGUUGAGACAUCUCCAGUAACUGUAGCAUCUACAGCAGAUGCCUCCCCAAUAACUGGCACACCAGCAGAAACAUCCAUAGUUAGUGUGGCAUCUACAGCAGAAACAUCCCCAGUAACUAGCACAGUAGCUGAGACAUCUAUAGUAACCAUGGCCCCUACAUCAGAAACAUCUCCAGUAACUGGCACAAUAGCUGAGACAUCUUCAGUAACUGUAGCAUCUACAGCAGAUGCAUCCCCAAUAACCGGCACACCAGCAGAAACAACCAUAGUUAGUGUGGCAUCUACAGCAAAAACAUCUCCAAUAACUGGCACAGUAGCUGAGACAUCUCCAGUAACUUUAGCAUCUACAAUAGAAUCAAUAACUAGCACACAGGCUGAAACAUCUGUAGCAACAUCCCCAGUAACUGGACCAGUAACAGAAACAUCCCCAAUAGCUGGCACAGCAACAAAAACAUCCAUAAGUGUGGCAUCUACAGCAGAAAUAUCCCAAGUAACUGGCACAGCAGCAGCAUCAUCUCCCACGACUCUGUCAUCUACAGUAGAAACAAUAACUGGCACACAAACAUCUGUAGCAAAUGUUGCAUCUACAACAGAAAUAUCUACAGUUACUCUUGUAUCAACUACAGAAACAUCUCAAAACCCUACUACAAUAGUGAAAACAUCUAUUGGAUCUGGAACAUCCCAAGUACCUAUGGCAUCAACAACAGUAGCACCUCCUGUAUCUGGAGAUGCAAGAACAUCUCACGUAACUGCUACAAUAGCAGAAACUUCCCCAGUACCUGCAGAAACUAUUACCAUUUCAUCUGCUAUCAUUCCUACAAGCCUGCAAACCACUCAACUACCAACUACUAAACCCACUACAAAGAAACCAAAUGGACAAACAGCACCUAACUGUCAAAAUGGUGCUACCCUAAUAGGGGGUAAAUGCCACUGUCGGCCUGAAUUCUCUGGGAACCUCUGUCAGUUCAUUGUUGACGCAGUUCAAGUUGGUCCGACAGUCAACACAACUGUGAAAGUAGCAGUGGAAGUAUUUCAAGAGUACAAAGAAAGCUAUAAAAAUGAAUCUUCAGAUGACUUUAAGAAAUUUGUAGAAGACUUUAAAAAUAAGAUGAAGCCAGUUUAUGUAUCGGUACCUGGUUACAAAGAUAUUAAGGUUAACAAACUCAGUGAGAAGCUUAUGCAGCGUAUGGUUUUACCCUCAGUAAGAAAGUACAAGAGAGAUGAAGCCGCUGUACAGAAAAUACAGAUAUCAUCCAGAAUUAGAGAGACCAAUAUAAUUGUGGAUCACGAGGUUAUUGUGGAAAUACAAUUCGAGAAGGAUACAAGUUUAUCGGUCCAGUAUAAUAGCAAAUUUGAACAAUUGAACAUAUUUCUGGCUAACCGCACAGCCAUAGAUGCGGCGUCAUGCAACCCAGACACCACUGAAAUGUGUCUUGGAGGUGCCAUCUCUUCUAAGGUAGAGCCCAAAAGUGAAAAAGAAAUUUGCAAUGAGCAAACUCCAUCUGACGUCAAUGAAUUUUUCUACCCAAAAGUUACUGAGGAUGGUUUAGAAUGUAUCUCUGACUGUAGUACGAAUUCAGAAACCUAUAGAAACUGUACCGACGGCUAUUGUCAGGUUAUAAACAUUGCUGGCCCCCAGUGCUUUUGCCCAAGGACAGACUUAUACCUGUAUACAUCAGAUCGAUGUCAAGGGAAAAUAUCUAAGUCAGCUUUAUACGGUGGAGUGGGAGCAGCCAUUGCCAUCCUCUUCAUUGUUAUUGUCACCGUGGGAUUUCUUUUAUACAGAGCAAAGCACAGGAAGUUAAAGGAUGCAUUCUCCAAAGAUGAAGAUGACAAGUGGUACGAGGAAGCCAAUGAUGAGUGGAAUAUUAACCGUGGCUUUAAUGAUAAAAUGAAAGGAGACCCGAGAGAAGAUUCAUCUAAAAACAGCUUUUCACAAGCUUCCAACCAACACUGUCCAAUAUUGAUACAUCUAUUCAGGUACGGAUACAGCGUCCAACUUUCACUAAAUGAUUAUUUUCCAUGAACACCCCACUCAAAAUUUUAUAAGAAAGAUGGCAGCACAGCAAUUGGACGACAAAGAAAGACAAUGUUCUCUUGGGGUCAAACCAAAAAGCUAUGGACAAGUAAUAUAGACUUACAUUACCAUAAAAGAAGAAUCAGAGUGUAAAACGUGACAUAUUAAAGAAAGGAGAGUCAAUUGUGAAACAGCAACAAAAAAAGGACUGGACACACCUAUGUUAUUCAAUGUUUUAUUAAUAUAUUGCUGCAGUACUGUCCCCUUUUUAUUGGAUUAUGGUGUCAGGUGCAGGGUGCACAAGCUAUGUGGGGUCUUAAUCUGUAAAACAUAUUCUUCCAUUAAUGAUUAGCAAAUACCAAUGAUUACAAAAGAGCAGAGAUUGUGGAAUGAUCUGCACUGUGAGAAAAAAGGAGGGGAGGACUGCAGUGAGAAGGAAACAGCAAGAAAAGGAUUGUGGGAAAUUUACAGAGCAAGAUAGUGUUUCAUGACUUAUGUACAUACAUAAAGUUCCUUCCUUGAGCCUCACGCAGCACCUCAAUAAACCAGCACUCUUAAAAAUG